AUGGGCAUUGUACAGGGACAGUAUACGAUCCGAAUCCAAUGUCCCAGGGAGAUCUGGAACAACGAUAAUGGGGUUUUGAUGGGUUGGCGUGGUUUUCCGUACAGAUUAUGUUAUUACCCAGCAAAGGCCAUUAAGGACGAGGAUGUUGUAUCUCACACCGAAUGGGAAUUCUACGGAAAGGAUCCCGUUGUUGAUUACUGUGCUUUUCUUACUCCUUAUGAAAACCUUAUUAAGGUUAUGGAGUAUGCACGAGAUAAAUGA